ACAACCUUUGCUAUAAAGAACCGUUGCUUUUCCCUCAUGAAACCCACCCCCUGCUUCUCCCUCUCUCUCUCUCUCUCUCUUUCUUAGAUGCUCUUGUCCUCUUUUUUUCUGGGAAUUAUAUAAGAAAUAGAAUAUGGCUUCUCUUAGCUCAGUUUAAUCCCAAACUUGCGACCUUUGAGGGGGGAGUGGAGGUUUUUAGGGGCAUGGAGAAGCCGGACUUCAUGAAGUAUGGUGUGACGAGACUGCCUCCCGGUUUUAGGUUCCACCCAACCGAUGAGGAGCUUGUGGUGCAGUACCUCAGAAGGAAGGCCUUUUCCUGGCCGUUGCCUGCCGCUGUCAUUCCCGAGAUCGAUCUCGGGAAGUACGACCCCUGGGAUUUGCCUGGUGGUGGAAAAGAGGGAGAGCAGUAUUUUUUCAGCCUUCGAGAAGCAAAAUAUUUGACUGGUAAGAGACACAACAGAGCAACGAUCUCCGGCUACUGGAAGGCCACAGGAAAGAACACACCAGUUAUAGCCUCCCGGUGCAACCAGCUUGUGGGGUUGAAGAAGGUUUUAGUCUUCUAUAGGGGAAAGCCUCCACAUGGAUCUCGAACUGAUUGGAUAAUGCAUGAAUACUGCCUUGCUGCUCCUGAAACCACUACCUUCAGCUUUCCACAACGAAAAAUCUCAGCUCAUAGUUCCAUGGUUCCCUCCAAACAUUGGGUGGUGUGCAGGAUUUUUAAGAAGAGAAGAGCAAGUAGGAUAGAUGCAGAGACCACACCAUACUAUAACUACAGCCGGAUACGAAAUAACAACGUCGAGCUCAUCGAUCCGGGCCCUUCGUUAUCUUCUUCUUCCUCUUCUUCAAGCUGUGUGACUAAUCUUUCAGUGGAUGGAGAGGAAGGCUGCAGCAGCAAUGACAGUGCUUCAUCUCCAAAUGGAAGAGAGAUGUAGAAUGGUUUUCUUUCAUUUCGAUGUAUCACUACCUUCAUUUCAGAACAAUCCAACUCGAAUAACCUUCGAGCUGAACUCUGGCAAUUGUGGCCUGUGCAACUCUUUUAAUUACUUUUUUAUUAA